AUGCCUACCGCCGUUCAGAAGCCUAAGACCCCUGGAGGCAUCCAAUCUUACUACCAGGCCAAGAUCGAGGCUGCUGAACUUUUGAUUAAUCAGAAAACACAGAACCUGCGUCGGUUGGAGGCUCAACGGAAUGCACUGAAUGCACGAGUGCGUCUGCUACGAGAGGAACUUCAGCUCUUACACGAACCUGGAAGUUAUGUUGGAGAGAUUGUGAAGGUUAUGGGGAAGAAGAAAGUCCUCGUCAAGGUGCAACCUGAAGGCAAAUACAUAGUUGACUUCGACCCGUCGAUCGAGCUGUCCCAACUUUCCGCUUCAUUGCGCGUGGCUCUCCGUUCUGACUCUUAUACCAUCCACAAGAUAUUGCCGAACAAAGUCGACCCACUUGUCUCCCUCAUGAUGGUAGAAAAAGUCCCAGAUAGUACGUACGAAAUGGUGGGAGGUCUGGAUAAGCAAAUCAAGGAAAUCAAGGAAGUUAUCGAGUUACCCGUCAAACACCCAGAGCUCUUCGAAUCUCUGGGCAUUGCACAGCCCAAGGGUGUUCUUCUUUAUGGACCUCCUGGGACGGGAAAGACUCUCCUCGCUCGCGCCGUCGCACACCACACCGACUGCAAAUUCAUUCGUGUUUCAGGCUCCGAACUUGUUCAGAAGUACAUCGGUGAAGGAAGCAGAAUGGUUCGGGAGCUAUUCGUCAUGGCCAGGGAGCAUGCACCUAGUAUCAUAUUUAUGGACGAAAUUGAUUCUAUCGGCAGUUCGCGAGGAGACAGUGGUUCAGGAGGCGGCGAUUCGGAAGUACAGCGCACAAUGCUGGAGCUUCUCAAUCAGUUAGAUGGUUUCGAGGCUACAAAGAACAUCAAGGUUAUCAUGGCUACGAAUCGUAUAGAUAUAUUGGAUUCUGCACUUCUUCGUCCGGGACGUAUUGACCGAAAGAUCGAAUUCCCUCCCCCUGGCCCAGAAGCUCGUGUCAGCAUUCUUAAAAUCCACUCUCGCAAGAUGUCACUGCAACGCGGUAUUGACCUCAAAGCACUCGCCGAGAAAAUGGGCCAGUGCUCAGGCGCCGAAGUGCGCGGUAUAUGUACAGAAGCAGGUAUGUACGCAUUGCGAGAGCGGCGGCAACAUGUUACGCAGGAAGAUUUUGAGUUCGCUAUUGCAAAGGUGCUCAAAAAGAACCAGGAGGGUAAUACGUCGGUCAAUAAGUUGUUCUCAUGA